CAACGUAGGCAUUUCCACCUCAACGGACCGUCAUUUUAGCCGGCCAAGGCGGGAAGAAAAGAGAGCUAGAAGAAAAAAAGACGGAGACGAGGAGAGGAAAAAAAGAGCUAGCCCACCACUACCACCACCGCCACUACCACUGGUCUCUUUACACCUCACCACCACUUCCAUUACCACCUCACCUACCUGUCCCGCCCGACCCCAACAUUCGAUCGCCAAACCAUCAGACCGACAAACAAACCCGACAGCUCGACGCGCGUACGCAAUCACUCCUGCUCCCGUCGAUCCCGACCCUGGGUUAUGUCUACGGAAUCGAGCCAUUAAACCGCAGCCAUGAGCCAGGACUACCUCCCCUCUAAGAAAGGGAAGGGUAAGUCCCGCGGGGGGCGAAACCGCGAGCGAGACCUCGAGCGGGACCUCUCGCCAUCGCCAUCCGCUCCCGAGAGGCCGGGCUACAUGACCGUCGGCAACGGGUCGUCGCAACAUGCCGCGAGACUGCAAUCUCUUAUUGACGAUGACUCCGGCUACGGCGGUAGCAUAGCCGGCGACGACUUCAGCUCCGCCUCCUCGAAGCGGCCUACCGGUACCCCUCGAACCGAUCCUUCCGUAUCGAGGGACAUGCCGCUAUCACGUCGGUCUUCCGGCGAUCCCAGCACCGACCGCCGGAACCAGGCCGCCGCCGUCCAUCAGCUGUGGUACAACCAGCAUCGAGCGGCUCUCAAUCGAUCCAUCAGCAAAGUCGUCGAGCUUCUCAAGACCCUCCAGGAGAUCAACGUCACCUGGCCCGCACACUACCCCUCCGUCCAGCGAGCACAAGCAUCCUCACCUGAACGAUCGCCAUUCUCGCGUCCGGGGCGGCAGCAUAGUUUCCCUGUCGGCGGGAGCUCGCCUCCUCCACCCCCGCGACACUUGCGGCGGUCGGUGACGAACGUCGAUGACUACGUCGCUGCCGAGUCUAGCCGAGAUGCCGAAAACAAGAGUGCGGCCGAGAGCCCCCGAUUAGUCACCCCACAAAUUGCCCAGGAGUUUUCUAUCCUCAAGUUAGACCUCAAGCUCGGCGCCUUGCACCAGGUCGAGCUUGUCCAUUCCCUCGAGAAGGGCUCCGUCGCUGCAUUGCUCGAUGGGAAGAUCAGCUCGAGCAUCAAGCACUUGCUCUUGCUGCGCGAGAGAAUCGAGGACACCUCCAGCAAGGUCCUGGUGACCGGAGACCUUAACGCCGGAAAGUCGACAUUCUGCAAUGCUCUAUUGCGGCGCAAGGUCCUGCCGGAGGACCAGCAGCCAUGCACGAGCAUCUUCUGCGAGGUCCUCGACGCGAGGGAGAACGCCGGCGUUGAGGAAGUCCACGCCGUCCACAGGGACACGGUGUACAACCGACACGACGAAUCAACCUACGAUGUCUUUUCCCUGCGCGAGCUUGAAAUGAUCGUGCUCGAAAAUGAAACCUACAUCCAGUGCAAGGUUUAUAUCAAGGAUGUGCGGACGAUUGACGAGUCGCUACUCAACAACGGCGUAGUAGACAUUGCGUUGAUCGACGCCCCCGGGCUCAACUCCGACACGACAAAGACGACGGCGGUGUUCGCGCGGCAGGAGGAGAUAGAUGUCGUUGUUUUUGUGGUCUCCGCUGCCAACCACUUCACUCAAUCCGCCACGGAGUUUAUCCGGGCCGCGGCAGCGGAGAAAGCCUACAUCUUUAUGGUCGUUAACGGUUAUGAUAUGAUCAGAGACAAGGAACGUUGCCAGAAGAUGAUACUGGAUCAGGUUUAUGGCCUUAGCCCCCGCACCUUCAAGGAGUCUAGCGAACUUGUCCACUUCGUAUCCAGCAAUGCCAUUCCGACUGUGCCGUCCCCCUCGAGCGGCCCGGAUGGCGGUGGCGAUGAUCCCAGCGACGAUCCCAAAGGGAAGGGCAAGGAGAAGGAAAAAGUUCGGGACUUCGAGAAACUAGAACAGUCCCUCAGGCGAUUCGUCCUCGAAAAGCGAGCGCGGUCUAAGCUUGCCCCGGCGAAGACAUAUCUCCUCAACAUCCUCAAUGACCUGAACGUUCUUGCUACCGUCAAUUCUGACGUAGCCCAAUUCGAACUAGAUAGGGUGACGAAUGACCUUCGCGAGAUCGAGCCGCUUCUCGAGUCUUCUAAGAAGGCAAAGGCUGAAGUCAGUGAUGACGUUGACAAAAACAUCGAGGAGACUUGCAAGGAAAUAUAUGAGCACACCCGGACUAGCCUCAACUCGGUGAUCGCUAGCGCUGGCGAUGGGGAUCUCGGCAUCCCUUAUCCAGGACUGUUUCAGGCCUUCCAGUAUGCUGAGGACAUAAAGGAAGCGAUACUAUCCGAGAUCUCAGAAUCGGUGACGUCCUGCGAGGACUAUGCCCGAACAAAGACCGUGAGCGGAGUGAAUAUCAUCAAGCAGCUUGGAAUCCUGCACCUCGGCGACGAAUAUAAUGACCUCAACUUCCGCUCCGAUGUCAUGUUCCGCAGGCGGCGUGACGUGUUGGCGAAGCAGGUCGACAUACCUACUGAGUUCUGGGACUUUGUCGACUGGUCUUCGCUCAUCCAGCGCCAAGAGAAGGUCGCCGGCACCGGCAUGGCCUUGACCGUCGCCACUGCCAUCGGUGGGCGCCUACUCGGGGGUAUGGGAUGGAUGGACCAUACCGUCACCGCGAUGAAGCUUAUCGGGAACGACAAUCUGCGAAAGCUGAUCAUCCCCGGCGUAGUUCUAGCAGUCGUCUCAGCUACGGCCUAUGUGAUUCAACAGAUCCCACAUUCGCUUCCUCACCGCUUGUCCGAAAAGAUAUCGAUGAGGCUAGCUGCAAUCGAUUACGUCCACACCAACAGCACCCGUAUAUCGAGCUCCGUGCGCAAGGUUCUCCGCUACCCCGCUGACAAUCUUCGAGUUGGUUUGGCGCGCUCGGUAGAACAACUCGACUCGCGCCGGGAGGAGACGCUCAAGGUUCGCGGUGAAAGCGAGGUGGCGCUUAAGUACUUUGGAAAUCUCGUACGAGAAAGUUCCCAUCAGCGAAGCCUGGUUGAGGACAUCGAUCUUGACGCGCACCCUCAAGGCUCCUCUGGUAUGAACAUUGCGUAGACUACGUACUCACGAAAAGGAGAAGAAAAAAGACGUGGCAUGGAGAGGCGUUUAGGGAAGCAGGCCCGGAAUCAACGACAUUAUUCCAUUUGUUCUCGAACUCGAUCGUCGUAACCUUUAGAUGUUCAUGAUGGAUGACGAAAAAAAAAAGAAAAAGACUCGUGCGAAGAGCAACGUAGAAUGGCAAGUGAAGUUGCACAGACAGGAAAAAGCUCUACUCUCCCACAUGACCUAUACAUUGCACCCCCUUCCCAAUUCCGUGUACCUAGUCCAUAGUCUUCCUAGCAUGCGAACCAGAUAUUUGUUACAAGUCCCUGUACCGAUAUCCGUACGCUAGUGAUUAUGUGCUCCUAGGCCAACGCUUCGAAGACGAAAGAUAUAUCAAGUUGGUUCCAUGUAUAUAUGUAAUAGACCUAUAGAGGUAUGUUCAUGGGUUACCUGCCUACUCACCAUGCUAUGCAUGCCCAACUUACAGGAACGAUUCAGGGGUGAUCGACACUCGAGCCCUGUCUACAUAUAUUGAUAGAUAUGCAAAUGGCUAGGAAUAAUAUGCAUGUAUACCGUCUACCUUGAUGUAUAGGUAGGCAGGUAUGCUUGCCGCUCUUUGAUGGGCAUCGAAAUGAAGAUAUAUAACACCCAGCACCGAAGGAAGAAUAUCAGCUGAUUAGUGGCCCUAUGUGCGCCGUAUGUACCUAGAUAUAUCGUCCCAAAUAGGCCAGCAUAACCGGUUAGAGUAUUAUU